GGCUCGUGGUCAGCAGUCCCUGUGGUUCCGUUUUUGUUCUUGUUGCUUUGUCCCUCCAGCAGAUAUGACUGCGACUUUAUUAUGGGAGCUCCCAGUAUUGUCCGGGCGGGCCCGCCUGACCCAUUCGAAGAGAAGUGUUCAUCGCCCUGACGAUGACCCUGCAGCGUUGGUUCUGGAAGCCUGGUCCCAGGGCCUCAUGACAGGCUCGCUGGUGAUCAUGGUCGGCGUCACAUUUGCAAACAUGCGGUCGGGUGUCUUGCUGCACAAACUGAUUUUACUAGAGUUGAUCUUGGCUAUCGCUCACGGAACCUUUAUAUUUGCGCCAGACCCUGUAUACGGAUGGUACCUGGCGUCAACCGCAAUCGGACUGAUCAUAUCGUGGUCCCUACACAAUGUGAUUGCGUGGAUGAAGAAUAGGCCGUUCAUGAGCCGUGGGCUGUCUCUAUUUUAUAUCGGCACGAUUAUCCUAGCUCAGCCUUACUGGGCGGCUGAGAUCUACGCCAACUUCGCCUACUUUAACAAUAUCAAUCUCGGUGCUUACCAAAAGAUCCGCCCAUGGGAAGCACUGUUCCGCGACCCCUGGUGGAUCUACACAACCUGUAAUAUCUUCUGGGUGAUAAAGAAACAUUACAAGUUCGGACUCAUUGAGUUGGUGCGCGAAUGCCCUCGCUUCGGUCUCAUGCUGGGCUCAAUGUGCCUUUCCAUUCUGUUCAGUGUCGCCGAUGUUCUCAGUGUUACCGGUGUCCUUAGCACUGCAAUGCCCACAGGAAUAAACCCCUUCUGGAAGCUAUGUUUCAUGUUCAAAUGCCUCUGUGAUACUAUCAUUCUGGAUGAUUUCAAGAGCGCACUUGACAAGCUCAGUACUAGAUGGCUCGCACGAAAUGGAAUGCUUGACAUCCACACCGUAGAUUUCACGAAUCAACCGAGUUUCACCGUUGAGCGUGCCCCGGACAAACACCACGAUACUAUGUCUUUAAAACAUCCUGUCAGCGCUGUACAUAUUGCAUAAUGGGAAAGCUCCUUGCUUUGAACGGCGGCCAAGUGGAUAUACGCUAGUUGGACCACACAAUGUACGAGAUAGG